GGCAUGGGCCUGACCAGACUGAGUUACGUAACAAGAAAACAGCUCCACUUCCGCCUAGUCACACUUUGCGACAAGUCGUCAGAAGAAAUCGACAGCCAGUCGAGACCUAUGGCUCCCGUCGCCCAGCGUCAACUGUAUUAAAAACUGUUUUAAUUAUACUACACAUUUAUUGGAGUGGUGCUAUGUCUUCGGGGAUGACGGGACGCACACCGUGCCUAACAAGCCGAUGGGAUAUGACAGCCCAACCUAAACAGAGAAGCAGUGAAAAUGCAACCCACUCGCUAUCUUUAUCUGGAGUCGUCGGCACUGCUGGUUCAAACAGCUCAGCUUCCCUGUCACAACAAGCGGGAGAGAAGCCGGCGCCUCAGGGAGGAGUUGAAAUGGCAGCAGCCAUGGCUGCUAAAAUAAAUGCCAUGUUGAUGGCAAAAGGAAAGCUGUUGACUCCUCCACCAUUGCUUGCAAAGACGCCUCGAAAUAUCCAUGUGCCAAACUCUACGGAAGAAAUGGUGGUCACAGAGGUCGACAUAAACGAUGUACCAAUAAAUUGCAGGGAACUUCUUACUAAAGGCAAAACACAGGAAGAGAUCCGACAGUUCAGUGGAUCAGUUGUCUCAACGAAAGGCCAUUACAUGUCUGACGGGGAAAAAGGAAAAGCAGGACAAAGGCCUUUGUAUUUGCAUGUCCAGGGGAAGAACCAAGAUCAAGUCAAUAAGGCUGUGCUGAGGAUAAAAGAGAUCAUCUCUGAAGACCUGUUGAGGGCCUUGGCAGCAUCAGGAGGACAUCAGGUGCCUAUAAUGCCUCCGCUCACACUCUACCCUCAGCCUCCUCGGCCCGUCAUUUCCCCAUCUGCACCACGGAUGCCAAACACCAACUCAGUGCCAGGACAUCGGCCUGCAGCUCCUCAUUCAGGGAGUUUUGUGCACACAAAGAUUUUUGUGGGUCUGGACCAGGCGUGUCCCUCGUUCAACGUGAAUGAAAAGGUGGAGGGUCCAGGAGGAUCGUACCUGAGUCACAUCCAGGCAGAGACGGGGGCUCGGGUCUUUCUCAGGGGGAAAAGUUCUGGCUACAUCGAACAAGCAUCCAAACGAGAGUCUUUUGAGCCUCUUUAUGUCUACAUCAGCCACCCAAAUUCAGCUGGAUUGGAGUCAGCAAAGAAACUUACGGAGAGUCUGCUGGAAACUGUGAGACAGGAAAAUGCCCGUAUGGCGUCGAUGUACAGCGCCACCAGUUCAACACAACGCAAUGGUUCAGUAUCCUGUGUGUCCUAGGAAACCAAAUCCCUAUCUCGACCAGG